CUGUCACUUCCUCGGGGGCUACCAAGCUGCUAUAGUUUUUCCCAGGCGAUGCGUUUGCAUUUUGCAGGACAAUCCAGGCUCCUCCCUUGCACAACGUCACCCGAUCCCGAUCUCUCCCAAAGCCUCGGCGAUAGACAGCAACACACUGUGGUGGCAUAUCAACGGGGCGGUGCGCAUAGCGGGAUAAAGCUACAUUGUAUUUCAUCCAAAAAAAAAAAAAAAAAACGAGAAAAGGGGGGCGCAUCCCUUCAUUUCCAGAGUUACAACAACUUCCCCGGCCUGGUGUGCUGAUCUCUCCGGCUGGUCGUGGCUGCAGACAGGGAGAACUGGGAACUUAAGGAACUAAAACAGGGACGGUGCCAGCAGAUUAGCUGUUAGGCGCUGUGUCAAUUUUGCAGACGGAAGAAAAAGACGACAUUUCCCCGGAGGAACUCUCCAAGUGUUGGAAACUUCCCAGCGCAGCAUCGAUCGAGGACCUCCCGCCCACUUUACCUCUGAUCCACAAUCCUGGAAGGGGGGGGGGCGGCAGAGUUCUGCUCCGCUGCGGUGGAUGGAGCAACAAAGGCUAGAUGGUUAAACUAGAAGAGCUGCUUUGACAAGAACCCAACUCUCCUUUCUCUCCUCGCCUGCUGUUUCCUAACAGACUCCCAUCACCUUAACGGCAAAUCUGCAGCCGCUUGGAUCUCAUUUUGGGGACCCGGCCAGGUUCUACUUAGUGCAAACUCUCCGCCAGCCAGGGAAGCGCCGCAGAGGUGAAAUUGAUGCUUUGGUACGGAGAGGCGCACCACCGAUCCUCUAGUUUUGCCAAAGUCUCCUACUGCUCAGUGAGGGAGGUAGACUAGUUCGGGCCGAAUUGGGAUUUGCAGAAGUUACAUGCUUGGUCUUUGUCGUCUCGAGUGAGCCCUAUUCAUCCACUGGCAGGUUAUCAGACAAGAUCCGGAUAGUUGAGAAGCCAUGGCGAUGUGUGUGGGGAUGUGGAUACUCCUGUUAGCGCUGCACGUCCAAGCUGGCAAUGGACAGAUGGUACAGAUGGACUCCAGUAAGUCUGGCUUUGUGGGUUCACAAGUGGAACUGCGCUGCAUUUUCAUCAACAGUAACCCGCCAGUCAAGAUCUCUCAAGUCACCUGGCAGAAGCUCGUCAAUGGCACCAAGCAGAACGUGGCCAUAGCCAACCCGGCCCUCGGUGUGUCUGUUCUGCCUCCUUUCAAGGAGCGGGUCAGCUUCAAGCAGGCAGCGGUUCGUCAUCGUACGCCCUCGCUGGAGGACACCACUAUCAUGUUCUCUAACCUGCAGCUGUCUGAUGAAGCUGCUUACAUCUGCGAGUAUACCACAUUUCCUGCGGGCAACAGGGAGAACAUGGUCAACCUCACUGUAUUUGCUCGGCCUAUGACACGUAUGACCUUGACAACGCCCACGAUUGUGGCCAGGGCCCAGAAACGCAAGAUGACUGUUGCCACUUGUGUAUCAGCCAAUGGGAAGCCCCCAAGUGUGAUCAAAUGGGACACCAGGUUGAAGGGCGAAGCCACUUUCCAGGAGACUCAGAACCAAAACGGGACGGUGACAGUACGGAGCAACUACGUGGUGGUACCGAGCCGCGAGACCCACAAACAGAAGCUUACAUGUAUUGUGACGUACCGAAAUGAAAAGAUUACAGACAGCGUGGUGCUCAACGUUCAGUAUGAACCUGAGGUGAAGAUCGAGGACUUUGAUGGAAACUGGUACCUGAACCGUCAGAAUGUUCAGCUGACCUGCAGGGCUGAUGCUAACCCCCCUGUCACAAUCUACCAGUGGAAACUCUUGAAUGGCUCCCUGCCCAGUAAUGUGGAGAUCAAGAACAACACCCUGUUCUUCAAGGGGCCGGUGACCUACGACCUGGCCGGCACGUACGUCUGUGAUGCGACCAACGGCAUCGGGACUCGCACUGGCACCGUGGACGUCAACAUCACAGAAUUCCCUAACAACAUGUCUGGGGGCCGUGAGAUCCCGCAGGAGCAGCACAAUGCAGGUGCCGCCAUCGGGGGCGCUGUGGGGGGAGUCGCCUUGUUGGGCGUGGCGGCUGUACUGCUCUUCAUAUUCCUGCGCCGCCGCCAGCGCACCUUCAAAGGAGACUACAGCACCAAGAAACACGUGUUCGGAAACGGGUACAGUAAGGCCGGCGGCCUUCCCGCCCACCCUCCCAUCCCCAAGAACCUGCAGUACCCGGACGACUCGGACGACGAGAAGAAACCUGCCCAGAUCGGUGGCCCCGGAGGGUUUGAGGCGAGCGAGCGCGAUUUUGACACCGAGCAAGAGGACCUGAAGAGGCCCUAUUUCACUGUGGACGAAGGAGAGAGCCGAGACUAUGACGAGCGGACUCUGGCUUUCCAGUAUGACCCUGAACCUGAGAUAGCCGAUGAUAUGAUCUCUCAAACCGACGGCUCUGUAAUUUCUAAGAAAGAGUGGUAUGUGUAGUGGCAUGCAACAACCAAAACAAACAACCCUUUGUCCCCCACCUGCAUUCCACUGCACCCUUCACCUCCAUCACGACCCCACCCUGCCAUUCGUCAAACUGCACCCUUCAUAGUCCCAUUCCUCUUUUGGUCAACCUAGUACCCCCUUCCCCCUGACUCCCCCCACAUCAGACCCCAUCCAACUAAUCUCAAUUAGAAAAUCAAGCGUCUAUUUAAAGUGCUAGCAACAUCAACUUCUCAACAUGACAGCAUUGAAUCAGUUCCACCAGGUGAAUGGGCAAAGAAUACAAACUAAGGUAUGUAAAUGGCCUCGUUGUCACUGACCUACGAGGCCAGGGAGGUGAUUGGUUGAUUAAUACUGGUGUAAUAUUCUUUUUGUGUAUUUUUUCAUGUUAUAAAUGUAUUAAAUGUUUAAAAAGAGACUGCAGGUUGAGGUUUUGCUGAGCACAUUUGUGAAAGUCCCACACUGGAUGUGCAAUUUGGUUUGUUUUCCAUUACCAUUGCCGAUUUGUUAUUUUUAUAAUGUCUUUUUGUAUGAUUUUUAAGUGACUAGAGAAUUGAGAGGUAAAUGUCUGAUAUAAUUACAGGUGGAGUUCUAAGUGUUUGUAAUUUUGUGGUCAAAUGUUUCAGAGAAAGAAAAAAAAAACGCCAUACAGCAUCUGCAUCAUUUCUCCUGUUUCUCACAGGGGUUAACGUCCAUGAAAUUACAAAUUUUUGUAUAUUUACAGCAUUGAAAGCAGAUAUGUUGUGCUGUUUUCCAAAGACAUGCUUAGUAUUUCUUGACCCCCCCCCUGUGUUUAUAUGCUUGAUUUGUUUCUUUACUGAGAGGGAGUCAGUGUACUGAGCCAUGUGGACAUGGCAGUAACAAAAUUUCCUAAAUUUAAAUCACGUUAAAUUAGUUCCCACAUCAGUGAAUCAGAAUAGCCGGGGAGAGAAGGGCUGAACUCACAUCAUACACGUUCUACUUUUCAGUGGUGCAUCACAGUCACGUCCAAAAGAGGUUUGGUGAGUCUCGGUGUACAGAAACCUUCGAUAAUGCUCUGAAAUGUCAUGAUUGUCACUUGACUUGAACAGAUUGACCUGUGUACACGAGCUCUCAAUCUUACCACUAUAAUGAAAUGUCUGUUUUUUGUGUUGAGUUGGCAUAAUUAUGUUUUGUUCUAACCCUUCUUUAACAAAUGGAUGUCAGAGAAAAGUGUCUUCGGAAUGUCCCAAUAAUGACUCUGUCUCUCCUUAUAAUUGUGUGACUGUGUUCUGAAGAAUUGGCUUAAGCCUCCCCACUUACACCAACAGCAUUUGCUACGAGGAGUCGUCCAUGGACACAGAGGACACGGAUAGGAGAAAAAUGUCAAGUGAUGCUUUUAUUUACUUCUACAGAGAAAACAUUUUAACAUGUAAAGGGAAUUGAAUAUGAUGGUGGCCAUGUUGGAGUAUAAGUCACCUGCUGCUUUCAUGAUGUGUUUGUUCCAUCUCUUUUUAUCUUUCUAAAAUGAAUUUUAACAGCUGUUUGGGGGAUUUUAAAGGAAUGAAUGGUUGUCCUUCCCUUAAGGUUGGCAUCUGAAUCUGCCAAUAGGGAUACAAUGACCCUGCUGAAGUCAUUAUAUAUAUAUAUAUAUUGCUUUUUAAAUCAUGGUUAACAAGUGCCAGUGGAUGUUAGCAUAGUAUAGCAAAAAGCAUCGCCUCAACACUGAGGUCUAUUACACAAUCAGCAAAAUGCAUUUGCUUCAAACAAAAAACGUUGUGUGUGAAAUAUCGGAUAAAACAAGCAAAGGAGUAAAUCUGUGGAUAUAAAUGACAUAUCUGACUGGCUCUGAACAAUAUAAAUACUAUAUUAAGCCUUAUUUUAUGCAUGUUUUUUGUGUGGGAGUGGAUGUGCGUAUGUUGCUAUUUUUUCUGUAUCAAUUCCAGUGCGUUUGUCCUCAUUUGCAGCUCAAAAGACAACACUUCGUCAGUGUUGUCAGUGUUGACAGAGGUAUGAGUUUAUGGGCACACAGUACCCAGCAACAAUAUAACAGUUAACACACAAAAAAGUAUAUAAAACAUAUAUAUAAAUAAGAUUAAAAAAAAUAACAUCUCUUUGAGAGCAGAUCUCUCUGCGGCUGGAGAUGUGAAUGUUUUACAGUUCAUGCUUGUCUACUGUAUGUUUUUAGAUGAGCAUGUUAAUCAUGAGCCACAAUUUAUAUUGUAUUUUCGACAAAUUUAACAUUAGUGGGAAAUAUCAUGUUCUUAUUAAAAGUCUUGAUUUCUGUUUAGUUUAGUUUCAUUUUCUACAGCCUUAUUUCUGUUUUUGUUCAGUGUAUCCUCUACAGUUUGAGAAUGGUACAUGAUGUUUGCAGCAGAACGUUUCAGAGGGGGAAAACAAAUUGACAGUAGCGGCGUUGCUACUUUUUAAAGUGCAAAAGCUAAUAACAAUUUUAUGGCCUUUCAUUAAUUGUUCACCUGCAGAUGAACUGCUUUGCUGUAACUUUUCAAUUCCACGUAGUUUGCAUCACAGCAUAAUAGAGUCAAACGUGUGAAAAGCAUGUUUUUAUCUUUUAUUCUUGCAUUCAGUGCCUAUCAAAGUCAGGAGACAUGAGGUAGUCUGAACAGUUGCUGCUCCAUUAUUUAAGUUAUUCAUGCCAUAGAAUAACAUAAUAAAUAAUAUUGAAAUAUGACAUGGACUGCAAAACUCUUCAAAUCAAACAAAUGAUGGUUCUUUACUUGCAGUGAAUUUUAGUAUAGCGGGGAUGCUAUUCCAUCCGAGCUCCAGCACAAUACUAACAUUGCGUCUGUACUUGAUCUUUAAAUUGAUUAAUCUCUUAAAUGCUGCAUUCAUUACCAUUUUAAAGUUGAAUGAUGGCUAAAUGGUGAUACAGCACUUUUUUUCCGGUCAAUACUGGAUAGUUUAUGUCCUAAACAGAUCUAACUUUUGCAACUUAGUCGCACAUCGCUGACUUUUCUAAGCACAACAAUUGAAACACUAAUCUAGUGAAAAGAGAUUUAAUUUGUAAAUUUAAAUAAAAAAAAAAAAAUGCAACUUUGGCCCAAAGCAAAGAUCAACUCUACCCCCUUUUUAAAAGCACAAGUUUAAGGUUUCAUUUAACUUUUUUUCUGCAUCCGUUAUGAAACCACUGCCACACUUGCUUCUCAGACAUGUUGGAGAAAGAAAAACAUUUAAGAUUUGAGUCGACAUUCUGUAUACUGGUAGAUGUAAACAUUGUCUUCAUGUUGUCGGGGUGUUAUGAGUUUCUAUUUUGUAAUACUGACUGUAACUUCAUUCCAUCCUAAUCUACUUUUUGUAUUCAGUAUGUUCAACAUUCCACUGUAAAUACUGUACAUAAGGUUGAGAUUAUAGUCAGGAUUUAUUUAGGGACAACUGCGUAGGGGCCCUGUUCAUGUAAAAUAUACCUAUUUUGACUGCAAACGUAGAGACUCGAUGAUGAAUAGAUGAAGUUGAUGCAUAGCUUAUUUCCAAAGUCCCACCUAAAAAUGCUCCUCCAGUACGUUUUUAAUAUGCCAGUAGUGGCUUCACUCUCAUACAAAGGGGUGAUGCAUACAGUUUGUCGAUUUAAUGUUAUUGAAAGAAAAUCAAAAGAGAGAAAUUGUCUGUAUGCAGCCAUGUGAAUGUAUAUUUCUGAGGGUGUUACAAAUAUGAAAAAAUAUCUCUUGUUCAAUUGUGAUGACCCAGUGAAGUAACUUGUAUUUGUUUUAAGCAUUAAAUGAGUUCAAUAGUCAACAAUGUUCUGUGCCAGUUCACUGAUUGGAUAGUUGUGUGUUAUCUGAUUGAAUAUGGUUCAUGUCUGCAACACAUUUCUUAUCGCUGUGUAUUGAUUUAGCUAAUUGCAGCAGUUUGCAGCUACUUUCCCAGUAGCUUUGAUCAGUAAUGUAUCCCUGUCGCCUCAUGCAGGUGUUUAUUUGGAUUUAUUUUUCAGCUUUAUCACUUUCUGUGAGCCUUAAGUGUAAGACAUAAAAUGUUUGUUCUGCAAAUAAACUUUUCUUCAGUUUUAACAAUUAUAGACCUUGUAAGGACAAUAUUUAACUCCAGAUGUUGGAAAAUUUCUUUUUGGUCAGAUCUUCAAAGCACAGAGAGUGUUCAGGCAUCCAAUAUUCAGCUCUUCGUUGCUGUUCCAGUUUUCAGAAUUAGAAGGCCACAGAGGCGGCUGCAGUGCUAAUGCAGGAUGAUUCUCUUUGGAUGCAUCCAGGAUUGUUCAUGCUAGUUUUCAUGCCUGAGCAUGAAGACGAAUCUGAUGAUAAAAAUGAAAGCGUUAAAAAUGAACGCAAUACAGUCAAACAUGAUGAGGAAAAGACCUUAUAAUUCAGACACAGUGUAUCUUACAGGUGUGGAAGGUAAUUUACCACCUUUAUGACAUUUUUUGUUGCCAAAACAGUUAAGUACAUCACUGAGAAAAGGUCAUUUAAAAAAGCUAAAAGGGUCAUGGUGUAGUAUACUGAUAAUCAUUUUAUGUGAGGCUAACACAAGCUAGAUAAAGGGAUACAUACAGUAUAUAACAAGGGUCUAAAAUAGUUAUUACCGUAUUACCCUGCUUUUAGGGUUUUUCCUUUAAUUGGAGAGCAAAAACUGUCAGGCAGAUUUUGGUAUUGAGUUCAGUGCUCAAUGAAGCUACAGUGAUAUGAUGAGAGAAGCCCAGUGUAGAGCCAGACAGAUCUGUCUCAGACUGUGGGACUCAAGUACAGACAUCUGCACCAUGCACAUUAAGAACAGCCCAGAGUUUGCAGCUGUUGCCAUCCAUUUGCUAAAAGAGCCCUUUGUAGCCCAAGGGGCUUUGAUGGCACAUAGGCUUUUAACAUGCAUGGCCAUCUAGUUUUUUCCCCUCCUAACAGAGCCGCGAGUGGAAUUCUACAACAUUUCCUCUAUCAAAGUACUCUUAGGAUGAAAUAUGGCUCGAUUUUUGUCUUAAAAUAUGUUCCUCAUGGGCCGUAAAUUCAAAAGCGAGUUUGUUAAAGCACCGCGUAUGUGAUGUCAGUCCAUUCAACACAGUGUAAAAUCAGAGAAUACAAAUUACAGCUACGUAGUAUUAAAGACCACAAUCUCUGAAGAAAAAUGAUCUGACUGUGCCAGUCAUGAUUUUUUUUGUAGAUCAGUAUGCUUUUUGGCUUAUAAUUCUCAUAUUUUAUGGGGCUAAGAAUUUCCGACGAGCAUUGUAUUUGAAGUUGAAAAAGCCUCCAACAAUCACAAUGCAGGCCCAUGAGUUGAUGGGUUUCUUUACACUCUUGUGAAUCACAUUGCCAUUCAAAUACAAGUUUCUUUUAGAAGUCAGUUUGAUUUUAUAGGCCACAAUUGCUCAAUAAACUCUGGAUUGGCCUCUUUAAUUUGUUAGGUAGCUUGCGUUGGAAGAAACUCUUCUACUGUGAAUUGUUGGGCUGUCGAUUAGCUCCUGAAGAACUGUAAAAAUGUAUCAAUCCAAGUGGCUUCAGGAAAGCACACGGGUAGCCAAUACCACCAUGUCAUUAAACUACAGUGAUCAAAUGGUUAAUGAACAUGUUGUAUAUGCAUGAGCAAUUCACUGGGCUGAAUCCAGGAGGAGAGUUUUACUCAUUGAUCAGUGAGGUGGCUUUUAGCUGCACUAGUUUGUAGCUUUGAGGCCAAUUUCUCAUACAGACCCGCAUUCUGAUGUAAAAGAGGGGGAAAUGUUUGAUUUAUUCAAAUGACUGGUGUUUUAAUUUAAGACCUACUGUAUAUUCAGUGGACUGUCCUGUGUAAGUUACAUUAUGAAAUGUUCUCUCAGUAAGUAUUGUCACUGUUAUCAAAAUACCCAGCAACCUAACCUGUGUCACAGCCUGCAAAAAAACUAAAAAGUGUUUUGUUUUGUCACUACGGUAUGUUGCAUGAUGCAUAGUUCUUAACCUUUUUUUGGAUAAACAGAUUGUUCAUGGCCUCUAGAAAUAUGUUGGGGUUUUUUUUGCUCUUGUUUUCUACCUGUUUUCAGUGUGUACAGUUACAUAUGGGGUUGUCCAUAAUAAAAAUGUGUUACUGUAAA